CUCUGUACAGAAAAUCCGACUGCUAAAUAAAUGGAAAUACCUUCGACUCUAAAGCACAGAGGAUGCUGUAUAUAAUUCUGACCUUCCCCCCUUCGAGCAGUGGAUGGCGCUGAGAAAUUAUGCAACAGAGGCACUGCAGUAAACCCACGUUUAGUCGUUUCCUGUAAUGGGGCUGGCCUGAUCAUCACACUAGAAGACUUGUUUGAAGAAUUUUUAAGCUAUGGAUGAGUUACCUGGGGACCUUAGAGCAUUUCUUCUUAACCACCCUUUUCUUCAGCUUACAGAUGGCAAAAAGAUCAAAUGCACACUGAAUGGUCACGAGUUUCCAUGCAACCUGAAGGAGCUGCAGAAGUUUACUCAAGGAAAGAAAUAUGAGAAACUGAGUACUACAGCACAGUUCAACUACAGCCAGUAUGAACCACACAUUGUGCCAAGCACAAAACAACCCAAUCAGCUCUUCUGUAAACUGACACUCAGACAUCUCAACCGGCAGCCACAUGCUGUUCUAAUACAUGUCAACGGGAAACGCUACAAGAAGGCCCUCUCCAAAUAUGAAGAGUGUGUGCAGCAGGGGAUUGAAUUUGUUCCAGCCAGACUCCAACAGAAAAGGCCCAAACACUUUGAAGAGGUCGUCAGUCGGGGAAAGGCAUCAAAACACGGCAGCAGCAUGUGGGAACCUUCAACCAGUGACGAAGAUCACAGUGACUCCGAAGACAGCAUGAGUGACCUCUAUCCCUCAUCUAUGCUCACUUUAAAAAACCCAGCGGAUGCAAGUAUAGAAGGUGACAGGGAUGGAGAGGAAGAUGACUUCCAAACAGUUGAGGAUGAGGAAAUGGAAGUGGACAAGCAGGCACUGCAGAAACGCAAAAAGGUCCAGGGCAGUGGUUUUCAGAAGAAAUUCAGAAAUAAUCACUGGAAAUCAAGGCAUAAGAAAAAAGGAAAAGGGGGGGAAUAAAAAGUAAAAUGCACUGCAAAUUUUGUACCUAUAUUUUGUCAUGGAGCAGCACUGGUAUCCAGUUUGGUAUAGUCUGACUGACCCUGCCCAACCUUGGUAUGAGUGACCAUCUGUUACCAGAAGAGCAGGGGUUUUUUCUAAUUUUCUGCAAAGGUUGUCUGUUUCACUAGUUGUGGUGUUGCACAAAUCCAACAGUGCUGGUUUUGCAUGAUAUGGAAAUGUGUUUGUCACAGUAAACAGAUUGUUUGGA